GGGCGAAUCGUUGGCCCAAGCAGCCAGUAGCGACCGAUGCUGUCGCGGAUGUAACUCUGUUGGACGUGGCGGCGCCUGACCGCGACACCCAUCAUUCCCACACGCUUGCAACCUAGGUGCUACCGAUUCAGUUUGGCAUUUGACGUCCGUCUCCCAUGAAGAACCUAUUUCGAUCGUUGGAGACCCAGCGGCCGUCGCUCCAGUCAGGGCCGCAUCGAUACGAGCCAUCCCUGUACUUAUCCAAGGCCGACAUUUCGGCCAUGUUCCCCCCAGAAGUGCCGCCGACGCUUUGCCGACGGCAGUCGUUGGUGCUCGACGAGCGCCGCCGACGACGGAGCGUCCUCCACCAGAGCAGCGCGAUGCGCACGACCAAGGACCUCGUGUCGUAUGAGCAGUACGGCGACUGCUUGGUGGAUGUUCGAGCGGUCGUGACCCACCACCGACACAGCAACGAGCCGCGUCCGCCAGCCAAAGUCGUGCUCUUCCACGCAUCCCAAUACAGCGACGACGAUCGAGCAGAAGACCACCAUCGCUUCCGCCACUCGAUGCCGGCCCAAUUUUGUUAUUAAAAUGCGUCAACACAAUUACUAUUUUACUUAAUAUUACCCCCCGCGUGUGGAUCGAA